AUGGGCCUUCUAAACCGUCUCCGCGUGCCGCAGGCCUCUGGAACAUCCGAAGUCCACGGUCGCGAUGCCCUCCUUUCAAACGACGACCUACGGCCUCUGAAACUCGCCGACCGCACCUGGACUCAAUGGACCUACUUUACUUUCUGGUUCUCUGCUACCGCCACCGUUUCGAACUGGUACGCCUCUUCGACUGCGCAGGCUCUGGGCCUUUCUAUGUGGGAGUCUCUCGCUUGCGCCUUCGGAGGCCAAUGUCUCAUCGCCCUCAUCAUCACUCUUAAUGGCCGACCCGGAAGUUGUUACCACGUUGGUUACCCUGUCAUAUGCAGAUCUGCUUUCGGCGUUUAUGGUGCAUGGUGGCCGACUUUCAAUCGCGCCGUCAUGGCUAUCGUUUGGAACGGAGUAAAUGCGGUGCAGGGCGGUCAGUGUAUCUACGUUAUGCUGCAUGCCAUCAUCCCGGGCAUCGCGGACAUUCCGAACACAAUGGGUGAGGGCUCGGCGCUCACCUCAGCGGGAAUGAUUGGCUUUGUCAUUUUCUGGCUUGCUACCUGCGCCUUCCUCGUUAUCCCCGUCCCCAAGAUGCGUGGACUCGUCUACGCCAAGCUUUGCGUCUUCAUUGUUUCGGCUGUGGCCAUGCUCGUUUGGACGGCAACGAAAGCUGGCGGUCUCGGGCCUGUCGUGCGUCAAGGUGGUACGGCGACGGGCUCAAAGAGGGCGUGGCUCAUUGUCCAGUUUUUCAUGCUUGGCGCGGCGAACUGCGCGACCUUUGCCAGCAACGCCGCAGAUUUCCAGCGGUACGCGAAGAAGAAGAACGAUGUCAUCGUCGGAAACCUGUUUUGCUUUCCUGUUGCCAACUUCAUCGUCGCGGCGGUGGGCAAUUUGGUUUGCGCCUCCAGCGAAUUGAUUUUUGGGGAGCUCAUCUGGAACCCUGUCACGUUACUGGACACUCUUCAGACGACGGAGUAUACCGCGGCAAACCGGGCCGGAUGUUUCAUCAUUGCUGGCUGCUUUGCCUAUUGCUGCAUCUUCAGUUCCAUCUUUGAGAACUCUUUGCCUGCGGGUAACGAUAUUGCGGCUCUGUUUCCCAAAUAUCUUACUGUCAGAAGGGGUUUCUUCGUCUGUGCAGUCAUCUCCUUUGCGAUCAACCCCUGGUUCCUAUUGGGCUCCGCUUCCAUCUUCGUAUCCUUCCUCUCGUCUUACCAGAUCUUUCUCUCUGCCAUCACUGGAGUCUUGCUCGUCAACUAUUACAUCAUCGGCCGCGGCCGCAUCCACAUCCCGGACUGCUUCAGUUCGGCAAAGUCAGGGGCAUACCAUUACUCCCACGGAUGGAACAUCCGCGCCUAUGUCGCCUACAUUAUUGGCAUAAUCCCUAAUUUCUAUGGCUUCCUCAACAAUAUGGGAGUCUCGGCCCCUGUAGGCGUUACCAGGUUCUACUUCUUCGCCUACUGGGUCGGUCUGGCUCUGUCUGGCUUGUCGUUUUGGCUCAUGUGCAAAAUCUGGCCGCCGCCAAUCAUGGAGGCCAAGUGGGUUGAACCAAAGGAUUAUGUAAGGCCUGAGGAGUUGGAAGGUGAUGGCCAAGUGAUUGAGGCUAUUGACAUACCGCGGGAGGGCUCAUUAGCAGAUCACGAAAAGGGGGUUAGCGAGAAAACAGUGAGGGUGUAA